AUGACCUCCCUCCCCGCCCGCCAUCCCCGCAUGGCGCUGCACCUCACCGACCGCGCCCUCACGCCCAUAAUAUCCUCCUCCUCGUCGUCACCGCACUCCUCCUCCGCAGACGACGCCUCCGCCCUCCAGGCCCUCGCCACCACGGCCUUCGCCUCGCACGACACGGCCCAGCGCCUCGGCCUCGGCCCGCCCACCCGCCUCAUCGUCGAGUACGAGCCCUCCUCGCCCUCGCCCUCACCCUCCAGCCCCACGGCGACGACGACGACAGCAGGCCCCAUCGUCCUGCACAGCUUCCUCGACCCCACAGCCGACACGGCCUCCCCUUCCUCCACGCCGACGCCGACGCCGCCGCCUCCACCAACCGCAACUGCAGGCGCAACAGAGGCGCAACGGGGCCCGGGCGCAUCGGUAAACGGCGUCUCAUCACCAGCGACAACGACAGCAGCAACGAGCGCAGCAGGCGAAAGCAGCCAGCCCCAACCCUCGUUGUCAUCGGCGGCACCCCCGGGCGCCCCACCUUCUUCGUCCGGCGCCGGCACAGUAGGCGGGUCGUCAUCCGCAGCCGAGGCCGGGGUGCCCGCGCUGCUAGCCAUGGUCGUCGCCCCGGGCCCCGAGGACCUGCGCGAGGCGAGACAGGCCGUCGCGAGGUUAGAGAGAGUCGGCAGAGAGUUUCAGCAAGAGAUCGCCUCAGAACAGAGGAGAGCAGAGGGCGGUGGCGCAUAA